UCGAGGAGCAUGUUGGCCAUUUAGAUAAAGUCCUUAGCCUCCUUCGGCAGCACUAGAUCAAGAUCAAUUAGGAGAAGUGCGAGUUUGGUCACACCCGUAUCUUGUAUAUGGGUCAUGAGAUUUCUGCGGAGGGAUUGAACACUGAUGACGCGAAGGUGACCAACAUUCGUGACUGGCCGCGUCCUCAGUUUGUGACUAAGAUGAGGUCCCUCUUAGGGAUGAUCGGCUACUACCAUAACUUUGUGAAGAACUAUAGCAUAGUAGCCUCCCCUUUGACGGACCUGACACGCCUUGACACCCCGUGGGAGUGGACAGACAGGUGUGAGGCUGCUUUCAAACAUCUGAAGCACUCCUUAACACACCAUGAGGUUUUGAAACUUCCUGAUCCUGACAAGCCAUUCAUAGUAAUCACGGAUGCGAGCCAAUAUGGCAUUGGUGCCGUGCUUGCGCAGCAGGAGGGGCCAAAGUUGAGGUCAGUCGAGUACAUGUCCAAAAAAAUGCCCUCUCAGAAGUUGGCUAAGUCCACAUAUGAGAAGGAGCCUUAUGCGAUCUUCAAAGCGCUAACCCACCGGAGGCACUACCUCCCUAGGAGGUUCUUCUACGUCAGGACUGAUCAUCAAACCCUGAAGUGGAUGAGAACCCAGCCUAUGCUCUCCGGUGCGCUGAAACGCUGGAUCGAAGUCAUUGAGCAGUAUGAUUUCGAACCCCAGUACAUCAAAGGGGAGUAUAACAAAGUUGUUGAUGUGUUGUCCGGUAGGCCAGACUUCCUGGGUGCGCUGAUCACUGAGUUUGUGCUUGUGGACGAUGUUACUCAGUCCCUGGUGGAAGCCUAUCACGAGGAUUCGUUUAUGUCAAAGAUCAUACACAGACUUAAAGCGAAGGAUAAAGUUACUUCUGACGAGUUUGUAAUGGUCAAUGACCUGCUGUUCCUUGAGAAGUCCGGGUUUAAACGUUUGUGUGUGCCUAAUCGGGAGUCUUUGCGUAGCUUAUUCUUAGGAGAGUGUCAUGACGCCACCAGACAUUUUGGCUAUAAGAAAACUGCAGCCAAUUUGCUGCAGCAGUUCUGGUGGCCCACACUGAUGAGAGAUGCCAAGUUGUAUGUGGAGACUUGUCAAGUCUGCGAGAGAGACAAGCCACGUACACAAGCCCCUCUUGGGCUUCUUAAGCCCCUUACGAUUCCGGAAAGGCCCGGUGAAAGCCUGUCCAUGGAUUUCAUGGACACGCUGGUCACCAGCAAGAGUGGAAUGAGACACAUCUUCGUCAUUGUAGAUAGGUUUAGUAAGUAUGCUAGGUUAGUCGCAAUGCAUGAAACAGCAAAGACGAAAUACGUGAUUAGACUAUUCAAAGAGAACUGGGUCAGAGACUUUGGGCUUCCAAAGUCUAUUGUGAGUGACCGGGAUGUCCGAUUCACUAGUGAGUUAUGGAAGGCUGCAGCUGCAGAACAGGGAACACAACUGCAGAUGACUUCUGGGAACCACCCAGAGGCAAACGGGCAAGCAGAGCAGCUGAACCGCGGUGGGCAACACCUGCUGAGGCAUUAUAUCAAGCCUAACCAGGUGGACAGGGAUGAGAAACUUGCUCUCAUUGCCACUCUGUAUAACAACGUUGUACACAGCGCAACAGGGGUGAGUCCUAAUAGCCUGCUGCUAACCUUCAAGCCUAGACCGCCCGUAGACUUUCUUCCACCGGAAAACCAGCCGACCGCUGCACCGGGCACAUUAGAAUUUGCAUAUCGAUAUGAAUGCCUGAUCCAGCAAGCUGUAGAGCAGAUGCACAAAGCACAGGUGGCAAUGAUAGAGUCUGAGAACAAGCAUCACCGCUCAUCUACAUUCCAGGUAGGGGACAGAAUCUGGGUCAAAGCCUCUCAACUGAGACAAAAGCAUGGGAUCUCCCACAAGCUCAUGCCAUAGUACUUCGGGCCAUGGGAGUUUCUAGACAUUGUUGGGGAUGAUCCGGGCGGGCCGUGAUAUGUAAUCUGGAUCCUAAGUCACCUUCGCACCUACCCUGUUUUUCACGCCUCCAAGCUCGCACCUUUUGAGGAAACUGAUCAGUUUCCUUCGCGUCGCUCAAUGCUGCCCCCAACCAUGGACAGAGAGGUCGACAUCGACGACAUCGAGGACUACAGAGAAAUGCCAGUCCCAAGACCGACAGGCAGGGGACGUCCUCCUAAGCAAAAGCUGCAAUAUCGCGUUCAGUUCAGACAUC